AUGAAUAAUUCUUUUGCCCAAAAUUUAUCUAAAAUUAAAAAUUUAUCUAAAAGUGGAACUUUAUCUAAAAUUGAAGAAUUAUCUAAAAUUGAAGAUUUGUCUAAAAUCGAACACUUUCUUUCUGAACAACUAACUGGAAAAGAACGUAGAAAAUACAAUGAAAAGAGAAUAUAUGAGCUAGGUGCCAGGCCCCAGAAAGGUGUUAAAAUUCCAACACCCAUUUCGUUAGGAAUGCAAACUAAACGUCGUGAACGUGAAGAAAAAAAACUUCAGGAGGACCUGGGUCUAUAUCAUCACUCGAUAAAACAUAAUUGGGCUGGUUCCAAAUCUUCAAUUUCUAAAAAAAAUAAAAGAGAUAAAGGGAUUAAAAUGGGAAUUGGUAAAGUUAAAGGUGUGGUUGAUCUUGAUCUUUAA